AUGACCAGAUCUCCUAGUUCCAUACUAGUUACACCGGGUCUGGAGCGAAUCUUGAUGAUCUUAAACGGCGGUAACGGAAUAAUGUUAAGAAAUAGCUUCCAAAACCUAUUGCAAUAG